AUGGUAGAAGAAACCAAAACCCAAACCAGCACAAGCAGGGCCAAAGGAGGAAGAAAGGGUAAAGCCACCCAAUCACAAGUCAUCGAUAACAAGGCCACCAACAAGACAGAAACCAAGGUGCCUGACAAUGAUGCCAAUGAAGAAACUGACUCCAAUUCAGACCUCAACAAUGGUGUCAAGCAAUACAACUUCUGCACCUUGGUGAAACUCCUUGAGCCAGUGCCCAAGCUUACAUCACACAACUAUUACAGUUGGAAUGCCCACAUCAAGUCUUUUGUCUGGUGUGUUCCUCAUGCUAUGAAACACCUCUAUGGAGUAUAUGACAAGAAGCAUCCCAAAUGGAAUCACAUGUUCAAUGACACCUUGACCAAUGCACUAUGCAGCACCAUCAAUACCACCAGGGAAUACAAUGUCAACUAUUUGAUCCUCAACAUCAUCAGGGAGCAUCAUACAUUCCAUCAGGUCUGGAAGAAGAUUGAGAAUGGCUUGACCAAUGAAGCCACCACCACCUCUCACCAAAUUGCACUCAUUGCUCAGUUAGGCAAGCUUAGGAUGUUCAACUCUGAUGCUCAAAAGCUCAUCCAGGAAAUCAGGUCUAUCCAGAUGGAGAGUAGCUUGUUGGGAAAACCAUUUGCUAAUGACACCCUGUUUUCAAACCUACAGAAAUGCACCAUUUGCCACCCAAUAUACAAAGAGAUGGUUGCCACCAUUAUCCAACUCCCCUUCAGCACCCUUGCCACUGCCUUGACCACUUGGCAGUUGGCAAUCAAGAGCAACCCUGAUCAGAAGGUCGUUCCUUGCCAAGCCAGUGCCAGAAUUGACAGCAGUGAUGACCAGGACAAGAAAGACAAGAAGGAUGAAGGCUGCACCAGUGCCAAAGUUGCUGCUAGGCCCCAAAAGAUUCGAUGCUGGAUCUGUAAACAAUCCAGACAUGGAAUCAGGCAGUGCAAUGCCUUGGUAACCAUUCCCAAGAACUCCUCCCUUGCCAAGUCCAACUAG